AUAUGGUUGGCUGGAUAGCUAGCAAGCAGCACGUCGUGGAAUAGCUCUGCAGCAGCUGCUGAUAUCGCUGGGUCAAAAUGGUCUUGUUGUCCUGUUAGCCACGCUAGCUAUUGACUAUAAUGUUUCUUGUAGCUGGCUAGCCGUGAUGUAUUUAUGAAAAAGUAAUUAAUGUAACUAAUUUGCUGGAAUACGUUUUCUUUUCAAAAUAUGGGGCAACAGCCUUGAUCUAUCAAUGCAUUGAUUAUUGGAUGUUCCGAAGCCGUCAUUACUGAAACACAAACUGUGCCAGCGCCUGCCCACCUCUCUCUAAUUUUAUUUUUGAAUGGACGUUCUGAAGCUGUAGCUGGAAUAGCAGGAUCCAUGUCGUUUUUGCGUUGGGUGUCCGAGAAGCUAAGCGUGGAGAGCUUAAGGGAUCUGGAAUUGUUUGGAGAGCAAGCUCAGGGGAGCAUUCACAGGAAACCUUCCACUCAGAUCCAUGAGGACAGCUGUGAGUCUCUGACCUCCAUUCCUCGCCCGGACACCAUGGGGAGCUUUCUACCGGACAGUGCCUCCUAUGAGCUCCUCACCAUCAUAGGCAGCGGACUGGAGGGCCUGAUGACUGUGAACCUUGCGAGAUACCGGCCCACCGGCGAACAUGUGGCCGUCCGCCGCAUUGACCUAGAGUCCUGCACCAACGACAUGGUCAACUACCUGCAGGGGGAGCUCCAUGUCUCUAAGCUGUUCCACCACCCCAGCAUCCUCCCCUAUAAAAGCAUCUUCAUUGCAGAGAACGAGCUUUGGGUUAUCACCCCUUUCAUGGCCUAUGGCUCCGCUAGAGACCUGAUCACCACGCACUUCACAGAUGGCAUGAGUGAACUGGCCAUCGCCUACAUCCUGCUCGGUGUAUUAAAGGCCCUGGAAUACAUCCACCACAUGGGCUAUGUACACAGGAGUGUGAAGGCGAGCCACGUGCUGGUUUCUGCAGACGGCCAGGUGUUCCUGUCAGGACUGCGCAGCAUCUUCAGCCUGAUCCGCCAUGGCCAGCGCACCCGCGUCGUCCACAACUUCCCCCAGUACAGUGUUAAAGUGCUGCCCUGGCUCAGCCCCGAGGUCCUGCAGCAGAACCUGCAGGGCUAUGACUUUCAUUCUGACAUCUACAGCAUGGGGAUCACGGCCUGUGAGCUGGCCAAUGGCCACGUCCCUUUCAAGGAUAUGCAUGCCACUCAGAUGCUGCUUGAGAAGCUGAACGGCACGGUGCCCUGCCUGCUGGACACCAGCACCAUCCCCCCAGAGGAGCUCACCAUGAAGCCCUCCUGCUCUGGAGCCGACUCUGGCAUCUGUGAGGGCCCGGGGGCCAGCGGGUCCCGCCACACCAACGGGGAGCCGUCCGCUACGGGCCCCCACCCGUACAGCCGCACCUUCAGCCCCCACUUCCAUGCCUUUGUGGAGCUCUGCUUGCAGAGGGACCCUGAGAAGAGACCAUCAGCCAGUGCACUCCUUGGACACCCUUUCUUCAAACAGAUUAAACGGCGCCCCUCUGAGGCCCUGCCCGAACUGCUUCAGCCUGUGACGGCCAUCGCCAGCUACGACUGUGCCCCACCGGCCGACUCGCCCAAUGGCAUGGCCAGCCUGGAGUCCAGUCUAAGUCACCUGGACGUGGAUGACUGGGACUUCUGACAGUGCUGAGGAAAGAAAGAUUGGUCAGCCUCAGUUCCGUGUGUCGUCAAAAGGCUAAUUUUAGACAGGACUGACCAAUUAAUUUGAAUGACCUGACUGAAAUCAGUUAGUCUACGGCGGCCUGAGCUGACGGACUGUGGAUUGGACACGUUGAUUUUUAAACUGUAAAUAUUUUAUUGCUAACCAAGGAUCCUUCGGGUGAACUUUGAGAGUUGAUUAAAACUAGAGGAAGCCUCCUCUUCUUUCUUUUCCUGACCUCUCCCAUGGCUUCGGGAUGCAUGUGCUGCUAAGUUCAGAUUCUUAUAGAUGAUAAAGUCGUGCCAUUGGACAUACUGAAAGACCGCAGAGUAGCAGCAUGUGCAUUCUUGCCUUUGCAGCAGUGUUAUUGGACAACCGGAACUGGUGCUGCCUCACAGCUGGCUGAAAACGCACACAUGCACACACACGUACACUUUACUUGCCCUGUGCCAUUGUGCAGUUAUACUACGGUUUGUUUGGUGUUUUAAAUAAGGGACUCGCCUUUCUCAAAAUCCUGUUUGUAUUUCUGCCGCUUGAAAGCUGUGGAAAUCCUUUUUUGAAAAGUUCAGAUCACUGGGGAAGUAAGAAUCUGCUUUGUAUAAUACUGUUUAUUUAUAAACAGAGGGUCACAGUGAUGUUUGUCUGGUUCAGACCUGGGUCAAAUACGUAUUUGUGUUGGAUUCAAAAACUCUUUUACUUUGCUUUACUGAUCUGGUGUCUGGUUACUUGUCUGGUCUAUUGGAACCAAUGAAAUACUCAAAAGUGCGAACCCCGCCUUCAGGUCAUAUUGGCAGGCUCUGUUACACCAGGCAAGAUUAAUAGAGCACAGAAAAGUAUUUGAAUCCAAAACAAAUACGUAUUUGACCCAGGUCUGGUCUUGUCACAAGGUGAACAUACGGCAAAUGCUAAAGUCUAAAGCUGCCAGUGAUUGAUGCUGGAUUGAAAGUGCUUCUCACAUACUUUUAUACUUUACCUGAAUUCCCCCAGUACAUUAAUUCCCCCUGUACCAUAGACUGCAAUAACUGAAAUGAGAAUCUAAUAAUACGGUCUAAUAAAUAAAGUAGCCUGCCAGAACAGGAUUUCCUCAGCAAAAAAAAGAAAUGUCAGAAGAAGCCGCUAGCUUAGCUUCAGUGAACCCUUUCAGACUUUGAUUAGGAAAGUGUUGCGCGAUAUCAGUAGCUGUGCAGCAAACCUUUUUUUAAUGAUGGUGAUACAUUAAGUAUAUGUGAAAGGACAAACAGCUGAAUAUACUUGGCUGUGAUUUUGUAUUGUAUUCUAAAGCUUACAGCUGAGAACGGACAGCAUACCAAAUACCGCCAAUGUAGAACUUUCCCACACAUCUUUUCUGAAACGAUAGACAGUACUAUCUUAUUCUAGAUUCCUCAUUACAGGAUACAUGCAACCUUUAGGCAGACAGUUCAAUAUUUAAAUCUUCGAUAAUAUAGGUAAUUGUAUUUUCAUAAUGAAAAUGUAUGGAUAUUCACUAUUGCUGAUUUCUUUCAUCUCAAAUCGGUUCCCUCUCCUAUAUUUUGGAUGACAGUAUUGGUAAUAUUGAUCUUCACACUUUCCACUAGUGCUGAGUUCAUCAUUGUUGGGGCUGGAGGUUUGGAAGAACACACGAUGUGUUAAUUGUCCUCAUCUGUCAAAUAAAAAAUAAAAGAAACAAUGUGAAUGUC